CGCGAGUGCAUGGUUUUUAUGGUGCAGAAGCUGUACGAGUUUUUGUGCAGUCGCGAGUGGUCCAAGUGCCAGGCAAUAGUCCACUUCCUGAAUCUGUACAACUGCAAAGUCGUCAGCUCGUCGUCCUUGCUGAACUUCCUCGCAGGUUUCGUGAGCGAGUGUGAGACAAGCGAUCCAGACGAUGAAGUAGACUCCGGACCCCAGACUCGCCGCGAUUGGUUGGCCUUCUGCGUGCUUUCCGCCCUACCCUUCGUGGGCAAGGACCUGCAGCAAAAGGCGGCAUUUGAGCGUCUAAUGCUCACGCUGCAGAUUUACAUAAAGAAGCGAUGCGCACUGCACGCCACCAUGUUGAGUGUUUGGCCUGACUCUGAGCGAGACAAAUUGGAGUUGCUGUGGCAGCAGGUGGACACAAUGCAACAGCAACAGUGGGCGGAACCUGAGCACCAGUUGAUCCCCCGUCCGUAUCUGGCCUUUGACAGGACGUUAAGCGAGUCCUGCCCCAUUGUCUGCCAAACUUCGAGGUGCGCCCCACGAGCAGGAUGCAGCUAUCCCCCGACACGUGUGUCCUUUCGCAUAUUCUCCUACGACUGCGAGGACCUUCAAUGCCCUCUUCCGCUGCGGAUCGAGCGGCAUUUGUUGGAGGUCCAGAUACUGGACAUUCUCCACUGCCAUCAUCUGGAAAGGAGGGGUUGUGCCGAUAGCCUCCUGUCCUAUGCCGCCUCAAAGCAGUUGUGCGUUCAUCACAGCAUCGUGGAGGUGAUCUGGGUGGAGAUGCUGCAGUUGCCCAGUUCCCAGUGGAUCACCCUCAACUAUGGAUCUAUUCUGGUGGAGCGGUGCAAGCGCCAGCCGGACAAGGUGCCCAAGUUGUGGAGCAGGCUGCGGAUAUCCUCUUCAGCCAGACUGGAUUCAAUGAGCGUGGCCUGCUUUGAUCGGCUGGUCAACUGGCUGUCGCAUCUAUGAGCAACUUCCGGUUCCUUUGGCACUUGGAAGAAGUGGUCCCAGAGUUUCCCUACCAAAUCGAUACCAGUGCCACCAAAUUCCAGCCAAAGGUUGUUUUCCCCUCGCGAGCUGCUUAAGAAGUGUCUCAGAUUAUCGUAUCACCAGAGAAAUAGUAGAGAUUACCCGGACAUCCCGGCCGGAUUUCUUCCGCCGGCUCCACUUCCGCACUUAAAGUUCACCGACGAGCUGCUGCCGGGUGCGAUAUUGUCCAGGAACCUCCUUGAAGCGAUGCGCAGCAAACAAUCUUGCCCAGAAAAGAUAAUCAGCCUGCUAAGUGGCACCAGGGAUGUUGGGCUUCUGCUCAAGAUCAAUGUGUUCACCCAGAACUGCCUCUACCUGGGAUCCAAAUCAUUCAGUCACACUUUCGCAAUUCUUGCAAAGUACCACUCGGUCUUCAAGAAUUUGUCUGCUGGCGAUUCGGAACGGCAGCAUGCGAUCUUGAACGGAAUCUUUGAGGUAUGGGUGGACAGCGAACACUUUCGGUUUGUGGUUGCCGAAAAGCUUCUCCGGAUGGAGGUGCUUGAGUCCAGAUGCAUCGUGUCCUGGAUUUUUGGACCCCUGAUGCGAAAGGAGCUGAGCAAGAUGUACAUCUGGGAGCUGCUCCACUCCACUGUUCGCUGGGUCAAGAACCUCCAGAGGCGGAAUGCAGUUGUGGAAGUAGAUAGUCCAAGUGGGACCGAAUAUGUGGUUACAGGCAUCCUUUUAGACAUCGUGCAUCGCUUCGUGAAGGCUCUGAGAGCUGCUCCUAUGAAACAGGAAAAAUCUGAGGAGCACUACUGGUUCAACUGGGUUCUUGGUAGACUGCAAGAAACGCUCUUUAUAUAUGCCGAUGACUACAAGAAGAUGUCCUGCAAGCUGGUUAAAAUUUCAGAAGAGACCGAGCUAAGUGGUGACAUUUCAAAAACAAUCCAGGGUUUUUGGCCUACGUUAUGUAAUCAUUAUGUGAUUCCUAUAAUUUCGGCAUUUUUAUAUAUUUCAAAGGAUAUACACCCUACACCAUAAAAGCAAUAAACUUUUCGUUAU